AUGGCAAGUUCUUCUACAAUAUACGACCCAGGCAAGGAAAGGCUACUGACAGGUUCAGGAUUUCAAUUCGGCCGCUCAUCCCCAAUACCCGAAACGGCUCUCGCCCCCGGCGAUAUCAAGGGCCCUGAAGGCGACGGCGACGAGACAACCACCAGUACCGUGCGCAUGGCCGCAAACCAUCUGGCCCAAGACAUCACGCGCUCCGACACCUCAACGCCAACAUCGGCCAUGCAGCAAGAACUGCUCUCGCACCCGGCGCGCGCACACCAGUUUACCAUAAACCCUCCACUGCACAUGUCGCAUCUGCACCCGACGAAUCCGCUGCAUCAGUUCCACAAAUGGUUCAAGGACCCGCGCAUCCCGCGUUCGUCUGCGCCAGAGACGUGCACGCUGGCCACCGCUUCGUUACCCUCGGGCCGAGUCAGUGCGCGGAUGCUCUAUUUCAAGGAGCUGGAUGAGCGCGGAUGGGUUAUAUACAGCAAUUGGGGCAGCAAGGAAGGCAAAGGCGCUCAAAUCUUUGGGUCUGAGUACAGGGCCUCUGCGGAUGGCUCCAUGCCAGGCGACAUGCACGAUUCGGCCGCUCUCAAUCAGGGCAAUAGAUGGGCAGCCCUAACGUUUUUCUGGUCGCUCGUCGAGCGGCAGGUCCGGAUAGAGGGUAUAAUCGAGCCGCUGUCGCGAGAGGAAAGCGAAAUGUACUGGCGCACGAGGGAACGGCACAGUCAAAUCGGUGCCUGGACGAGCUGGCAGAGCAAAGUGCUUUGGUCAGUCGACCCGGACGCCGCCAUUUCUUCGGACAUUUCGGAUCUCGACGACGGACGAGCAGUACUAGAACAGCGCGCCAAGGAAAUAGAAGCAAGGUUCGCAGACGUCAAGGAGAUCCCUCUGCCGCCCUUUUGGGGAGGCAUUCGAGUCGUCCCGGAAUCGGUCGAGUUUUGGCAGGGCCGGCCGGGGAGACUGCAUGACCGUUUCCGAUAUAUGCUCGAGGGAGCGGGACAUUCAGCAAAGACAUCCAAAUGGCGCAUAGAACGACUGUCUCCGUGA